AUGGCGGAACGCAAAAAGACAAACGACUCUCGAGCGCUCGAAGACGCUUUUUUGAAAAUUCAGACAGUAAUUCAAACGAUCGAAUUGCGACAGAGUGCUGACCAACCCAUUGAAGAGAUCGUUAGGCCCCAUGAAGCCAAGCGGAUCCAAAAUGCAUUCGAUCUUAUCCACGGGACUCGGCCUACAGUUGUAUCUAAAGGUGACGAGAGGCGAGAGAAAUAUCGGCAUUUUUGGUUGCAACUGAACGAUGAUGAACUUGUGGUUGCUGGUGCACUUGGCCUCGGGCAAACUGCCAUUGGGAACAUGAAAGAAGCAUCAAGACUGCGCCUUCCAAUCAAGCUUAAGCAACGCAAAAAUGAUUUCGGACCAUCACUUCUGGCAAGCCUCGCCCAGGCGUAUUCCAAGCAAGGUCAACGGUCGCUAAUUCAGGGCCGAAAACAAAGCUAA